AAUUCUUCCAUCACUAAAAAUUCCAUGGCAAUUCUGUAGAAAUUCCUGAUAUGUAUUCUUUCUCGAUGACUCCAAGUCCAUGACUGUCGGAUCACUUUCUAGAGAAGGAUAUAGUUUUCUAACUGGUUGCUGUGAGAAUCUAAGUAAUUGCUUAUCUUGAGGUAAGAUUCCACUUCCUUUCCAUCUAGGACGAUUGUCCAUGUCUCUUGAUGAGCAAAAGAAAAUAGCAUGUAUUACCUGAAGAGUGAUCAUCACUCCCCUGUUGACAAUUUUCUACGACGGUAUCUGAUCAGACAUAUAUUGUUGCUUAAGUUUGAUAUUCAAUGGAUUCAUAAGCUGACAACUUUCUUAGGUGAACAUGACUUCCCAAACGAAACCUUCCGGUCAAUUCAAGAUCCUCUAUUUCGCCUCGGCUACCAGUUUCACCAACAAGUCCGAGGAAUACCUUGAUGCGCCUCUCAAUUCCCGAGAACUGUUCGAUGUAUUAGACCAGAUGUAUCCAGGAAUGAAAGCUUCAGUUCUCGAUAGCUCCGCUGUGACCAGAAAUUUGGAAUAUCUCGACCUUGAAGAUGACGAUCCGACCAUCUUUCAAGCUGGAGAUGAAGUCGCUAUAAUCCCUCCUGUCAGCUCAGGAUAGAUAUCAUGUCAGGUAUAUCGCUCGAUUGACGCGGCGUACGGUCUUCCAAUUGCUCUAUGAAGGCAACUUCUCUUGUCAACGAAGCAAAACCCAGUCAGCCGAAUGUCGUGCAGGAUCUUCCCUCCCACAUAGUAUUCUUUCCUUCCAAUGCCAUGUUAGGCGAUUUGCGGUCGCAUCCACACGGCUAG